AUGACCACUCCUUUCAAAUCUCUCAUUUCUCAGUUCAAAAGGUAUCCCUUGACUUUCGGUCGCUCCCAUAUCUCUGCGUUCCAAAACCUUUCGAAGGCUCUUGGUGGAAAUGUCAACAUUUAUGCCAAAAGAGAAGACUGCAACUCAGGUUUGGCUUUUGGAGGGAACAAGUUAAGGAAACUUGAAUACAUUGUGCCUGAAAUUUUGGAGGGCGAGUAUGACACUUUGGUCUCCAUUGGAGGUAUUCAGUCAAAUCAAACUAGAAUGGUCGCUGCCACAGCUGCCCAUUUGGGGUUGGAUUGUGUUUUGGUGCAAGAGAAUUGGGUCCCAGUACCAGAAAAAGAAUGCGGUAACUACGACAAGGUUGGAAACAUUGAAUUGUCUCGGAUCAUGGGAGCAGACGUGAGAUUGGUGCCUGAUGGUUUUGACAUCGGCAUCAGAAAGUCUUAUACAGACACCUUAGAAGAGUUGAAACAAAAGGGCAAAAAACCAUAUGCCAUACCAGCUGGAUGUUCCGAACAUCCAUAUGGCGGUUUAGGAUUUGUGAAUUUCGCUGACGAGGUUGUGGCACAAGAAAAAGAAAUGGGGAUCAAGUUUGAUAAGAUUGUCGUUUGUUGCGUUACGGGAUCUUCAUAUGCUGGUAUUCUUGUUGGUUUCGCGCAGUAUGGACGCGAGAAAGAUGUUAUUGCUAUUGACGCUUCGUUUACUCCAGAUAAGACUAGAAAACAGCUGUUGAGAAUUGCUCAAAACACAGCGUCCUUAAUUGGCUUAAAGAAAGAAUUGACCGAGGAGGACAUUAUCUUAGAUGAAAGAUUUGCGCACCCAUGCUAUGGAAUCCCCAACGAAGGUACUUUGGAAGCAAUUAAAUUGACUGGCGAAACGGAGGGUGUUUUGACUGAUCCCGUUUACGAAGGUAAGUCAAUGCAAGGUUUGAUACAAUUGGUGAGAGAAGGCGCUUUUGAAAAGGGGUCGAAUGUUUUGUAUGUGCACUUGGGUGGAGCUCCCGCUUUAUCAGCUUAUUCAUCGUACUUUUCUUAA